GCUUAAUUUUUUAUUAUUUCUCGGUUUACCCAUUGGAUUAGUACGCGAACGCGGAUUAAUUAUCUCGUUCACUAGCUCUCCUGGCCAUUAAAAUCACCCAUGAUGUUAUAAAAGUUUAACCAAACACAAAAGAACUCGAGCAGUGACCAUAAUGCACUUUGCCCAUGAUCAGUGUGACAUAUAUUUCUCUUUGGUCAAAAUUAGAGAGCUUCAUUCGAUGCACAUAUCAACAACAUACUGAGUGGGCAAGAAACGAUUUCCCUUCUUCGUUCCAUGGUUCUGAAUCGCUCCUUGACGACUGUAGUCACAGGGCGGUCUUUGAUUUCGUCAAAAGCGGAAGUGCAGGGCAGUGCUACAGCAGGAAGGCAGUCUUGGACAGUUUGCAGUCUCAUCUAUCCACCAAACCCUGCACAUGACCCUCGACAAAGAAGAGACGUCCACAUCAAAAGUAGCCAUCAUUACUGGAGCCAAUGCUGGUGUUGGUUACGGCAUUUGUCAGCGGCUUCUCGAACUUGAGGGCGACUCUAUGACUAUUGUUAUGGCAUGCCGGAGUCAAACCAGAGCCAGCAAUGCUCGCCAGAAGCUCUUGGCCCAAUUUCCCUAUGCAACAAUUGACAUUAUCCUCGUGGAUAUAGGCGACGUCCUCAGCGUGCUGGAAUUCUGUCAUCAAAUCAGAGAAAAAUACAACCAUGUCAACUACCUAUUCUGUAAUGCAGGCAUAUUGAGUGCCCUUGGCAUCAAGUGGAGUCGGUUAUUCUUCUAUUUUCUCAAAGAUCCUGUUGGAUUGAUGGAACGAUCGGACGCCACCAUUCAAGCCAUGGGCGAAUUGAACCCAGACGGCAUGGGUAGAGUCUUUGCUUGCAACGUCUUUGGUCAUUAUGUGAUGAUGCGCGAAUUGGAGCAAUUGCUGUCAAAUUCGGGCGAUGGGCGUGUUAUCUGGACAAGUUCCAUCACCGCAGAAAAGGCAUCAUUUGAUAUCGAAGAUUGGCAAGGGUUGAAGAGUCUUGUUCCUUAUGAGGCAUCUAAAUGGGCUUGCGAUCUUGUUGCUAUUGCCACCAAUGAUCGAUUCAUUCAAGAAGGCCUUAAUGUGGUGUCCUUCACUACUUCUCCUGGUGUAGUGGCCAGUAAUAUUGGAAGCCUCCCAACUUGGAUCAUUAAAGCCCGAACCUUGAUCCAUUAUCUGUUUCGUCUUUGUGGUGUCACCUCCCAAAAUAUCACAGGGUACAAUGGCGCCAUUGCUGAUGUGUUUGUCGCGCUUCAACCGCUAGCUGCUGUCAAUUACUGGUUCCGAUAUUGUUCUUUAUCGAAUCGAUGGGGAAAAGCUUAUGUGGAAGCCCAAGCAUUGGAAGAGUAUGAUCCUGAAAUUGCAGAAAAGUUGCUUCAAAAAUGCGAACUCGCCUAUCAAGCAUGGAAGAAGAACCCUAAAAAGAAAAUGGAGGAAGCCCAAGAGCACGAAGCGCAUCAGGCUGACUCGGAAAACCUGCCUUUACUAUCCUGAACACCCUAUUCUAAUCCCUUCCUGAUCCUUUUUCCUUUGGUUUUUUGCUUUCGUAGCCUACUUUUUUGUAUUCCAUCUUGAGUAAUCAAUUCUGGAUACCUGGAGACAUAUUUUUACAACGGUUUGUAAGAGGACAUUACUUGGUAGCCACACGCAUUAAUAAAAAUA